AUGGCUCUUCUCCAACAUCUUUCCUUCAGAGGCUUGCAGCCUGCCAUUGCAAGCCGGGCCUCACUUUCCCAACGGUCCCUACUGCACUGCCGUCCCCAACAUGCUCGCACCCGCGCCUUCCAUGCCUCGCAACCGUCGCCCGCAGAAAGUAGCUCACCUGCGAACUCGUCGAAAGCGUCCACAGCUUCCAAUCCAUCAAACCCGCCAUCGGCGCCUCAGUCGGACCACUCAAGCCCCCGGUCGCCGACCUCCUCGUCCUCCGUGAAUUCUUCGCUACCCGACGGCUGGGAGGACGAACCAAAUUUCAACAUCAAGACCUUUGCCGAGCUUCCAACGGGGCGCGAUUUCGGUUUGAACCAGCACAUGGUUGACAUGAAUCGCGACUUCUCAGAAGCGCUGAGGCAGAUAAUAUGGCAAUUUCGGGCGCCCAUCCGAUAUGCCUUCGCCUACGGCUCGGGUGUGUUUCCGCAAAGCAGCGCGACCAGCUCCACCUCGCUCUCCCCCCACCCGAAUCCUCCCGAAGCAAUCAAGAAAUGGCAGAGCGGCGGCGAGAAGGUUAUCGACUUCAUCUUCGGCGUCACCUACUCUCAGCACUGGCAUUCUCUGAAUCUGGCUCAGCACAGGGACCAUUACUCCUUUCUCGGCUCGGCUGGGUCUUGGGCGGUGUCCCAAGUCCAGGACAGGUUUGGGGCAGGCGUGUACUUUGCGCCGUAUAUCACCGUGAACGGCACGCUCAUCAAAUAUGGCGUAGUCAACCUUGACACUCUGCAGCGCGACCUUAGCGAGUGGAACACGCUUUACCUUGCCGGCAGGCUGCAGAAGCCAGUCAAGAUCCUUCGCGAUGACGCGCGCAUCCGACUUGCCAACCAGGUGAAUCUGAUAUCAGCAGUGCGCGCCGCACUUCUCAUGCUUCCCGAGAAAUUCACCGAGACCCAGCUGUUCAAUGCCGUCGCCGGGCUCAGCUACAUGGGAGAUCCGCGUAUGUCUUUCAACUCGGAGGAUCCACAUAAAGUCUCCAACAUCGUUCGUCACCAGCUACGACACUUCCGUCGCCUUUACAACCCUCUUCUUGAUACACUUCCAAAUGCUACCCACACCGACCCUCAUGUCAAGACGCCGGGGUGGGAGCUUGAUGUUCCGCCAGGCGUCGACAUUGCUAUGGAGCAAGACAUGGAUCCGAUCAAACGUGGGAAUAUGGUACGGCGUCUGCCGAAAGCUUUCCGCGAGAGGAUCUAUUUUGCGUACCAGCGUCAAUAUGGUAUCUCGGGCGCGGAGUUUAAGAAGAUGCUUCAGCAGCGUGCGAACGAAGAUGCGACUAGCUACAUGCGUCGUCAGGGCGGUGAUUUCGAUCGCCGCAUCGCCGCGGAAAAAGAUCUGAAGGACAAGGCUUCUCAAGCUGUUAGAGAUACCGUCAAGUGGCCGAGUACAGUUCAGAGCUUGAAAGGCUUGCUCACCGCCGGUCCAGCAAAAUCGUUGAGAUAUAUGAGUGAGAAGUGGUCUAAAGGCAGGCAGGGUAGCAAGGAAGCUGAGAGCAAGUAG